GAAUUCUGCAUGAAAAACAAUCAUCCGUCUCAGAUGUGGUCUAUAUGUUAAUUUUAUUCGCCAGUGAUUUGGUUUAGUGAAUUAACUCGUUGAAUCACAGAGAAAACUAUAGAUCGAUUAUUUAAACAACGCCGCCUACACCAGAAGAGCACAUUGAUUACACCGAUCUCUUCGCUGAUUGGGCAGUAACAGAGGAUUUCGCGGCUGUGCAAACAUCGUGUCCCGGUUGCUCAUUGGACGUGUGUGUUUCCAGGGAAACAUUAAUUUUUAUCCGGAAGUGGGAUAAGGCUUCAUGUAUUCCAAAGAUGUUCAUGUAUUCUGCCUUCAUACCGUGUCACUAAUCGGUUACCUCCUCAACUAGCUAACGUUCAAUGGAAAGGUCCUUAAGAUGAAAACUGAACUUGUUGAUAAAGCUCACUAACGGGCUGCUUGAAUUUCGCUAUUUUUUAAAAUCUAUUUUGCAAAAUUAAAUAUAAACCAGCAUGAUGUUCACCGAUGAGACUUUGGAGUCGGUAGCUGUGGAAUCGCAGUGGAGGAGAUCGCACAAGUUGAAGCAGGAGUCGAAAAGCUGUCAGACAGUGGCUCUGAAGUCUGCUGAAGUGGAAGCACAAGCCGUGUACCGCUCAGAAAGCGCCACGCAGACCGAUCCUCAUGGCCAGCUUUCACACGAUCCUCACCUCACCUGCGACAGUGAGCUGGAAUCCCCUGGACUGGUGGAUUUUUUGAACCGGGUCACAGAUGUGGUCAUCAAAGAGCUGGCGAAGAACUCCAGGAGUCACGCUUUUGAUGGGUUUGAAGUAAACUGGGAGGACCGGAAUCGAACGGUCUUGUGCAUUCAUUGUCUGCAGUACUGUGAGGCCCGGCAGAGGAAGCUGCACGUGACCAGUCUGUCCUGGAACUGCACUGGCUCUGUUAUCGCAUGUGCUUUUGGCCGCACUGACGACGGUGACUGGACCACAGAAAAGUCUUUUGUUUGCACUUGGAAUCUACAUCGCAGAGGUCUGGACCCAAAGCGGCCCGAUGUGAUCAUAGACUCUGCCACAUCAGUCAUGUGUGUGUCCUUCCAUCCUUCACGGCCCUCCUUGAUUGCAGGUGGGCUGUACAGCGGGGAGGUGGUGGUCUGGGACACCAGUCAGACACAGGACCCAGUUCUGGCUCAGACGGGCAUGUCACCUGACACGCAUCGAGACCCUGUCUGCCAGGUAUACUGGGUGCCGGGGGGCCGACGGGGCGAGUUUGCUGUCCUAAGUGCUGGUUCUGGGGGCCGGCUACUCCUCUGGACCAUAGGUGAGGAUUCUAAGCUGGUUCUGAGCUCGGGGUAUGCCCUCUCCAGCCAGCAGCUGCCCCACAGCAGCACGGGGACCAAGGCCAGAGGUGGCAGCGCUGUUGGUAUAUCUUCCCUGGAUCUCUCCCCCUGGGACCGGGACGUCUUCCUGGUGGGAUCCGAGGGGGGCCUGGUACUCAAGUGCUCCUUCUCGGCGACGGAGGUGGCAGCGGUAACACCGGACGGCGAGAGCGUGACCCUGCGUGCCCCAGCACAAGUCUCCUUCUCGCCACGUUGCGGUCCUGUUCAUGACCUCCACUGCUCCCCGUUCCACCGGAACCUCUUCCUGAGUGUGGGGACAGACGGCUUCGCACACCUCCACAGUCUGCUGCAGCCACAGCCUCUGAUGUCUCUGCGGGUAUCAGACUCGUAUGUUUUUGCAGUGCGCUGGUCUCCAACGCGCCCUCUGCUCUUCGCUGCUGCCACUGGAGAAGGGACAGUGCAGAUUUUUGACCUAGGCCUGAUGUCCCUGAGGCCUUUAGCCACCAUUGGGCAGGAUUCUGGAGGCCAGCCCAUCUACUGUUUGGAGUUCAACCCCCGGCUGCCCCAGCUCCUGGCAGCAGGGAACAACAACGGCACCGUCAACGUCUGGCAACUGAGCACGGAUCUCACUGAGCAGGGGCUCAGGGAGGCGGCACAGCUGGAGCAGAUAGCCAAUGGGGUGGCAGAGUAAAGAGCCAAAGAUAUACAGCUGGCCAAUGGGGUGGCAGAGUGAACAGCCAAGGACAAACAGUUGGCCAAUGGGGUGGCAGAGUGAACAGCCAAGGAUAUACAGCUGGCCAAUGAGACACUAGCAUGAAGCAAAAUGGUGGAAGGUGAUGGAGGAUGUGCAGUAUGUUGUUUGGUAAGGGAAAGGUAAUAGUACUGUAAAUAUUUCCUUUUGUAAAAUUAAAAGUUCCCAUUUAUACUAAA